UGUUGCCGAGCAACUGGUAUAAACCAAGAAAAAUGGCCAAGUUUGUACUUGCAGGGAAGGCAGAUUGCCCAUAUUUUGCUAAAGCCGAAAUUCUUGCAGAUUUCCUGCAAAGAAACCUGCCAAACUUUAGCGUCCAUAAAAUCCGCAAACACCCCAAGGACUGGCAGUGCUGGCUGGAGAAUACCUGUGAGCAGAACGGCUGGAGGCAUGAGGCCUCCCCCGUCGUGUGGCGGGAGCUGGUCGACCGGGGGGGCAGGGGCCUGCUCCUGGGGGGCUUCAGCGAUUUCUUGGAGCAUGUGCAGGGCUACUAUGACAUCACCUCAGACAUGAGCACAGCGCUGAUGCUGGAUAUUGCUGCAGAGAACCAGCAGGCAGUGGAGCAGUGCAUGAGGGAAGAGGAGGACCGGCGCAGCCUCGUCCAGCCAAAGCACAUCUGGAUCAGCAGUUCCUUGAACCUGACGAGCUACCACUUGAUCCCUCUGCUGUGUGACCCGGGAGUUCUGGGCGACAGCCCUGUCCUCUGGCUCCACCUGCUGGACGUGGACGGGAUCGCAGAGGCACUGGAAGGGCUUGUCAUGGAGGCGGAGGACCUGGCUUGCUCGCGAAUCCACCGGGUGAGCGUUCACACCCGCCUCGACCACGCCUUCCUCCACGCCCACGUUGUCGUCCUCCUGGACGAGCCGAUGCCCGAUCAGGAGGAGGAAGACGAACGGGCUCUGCUGAGGAAGACCGCAGAGCGUUUUCAGCGUUACGGGCAGCUCCUGGAGGCGGGAGCGAGCAAGGACAUGAGAGUCAUCGUGGCGGGAAACUCCUUCGUCAACCUGAAGGUCUCCGUGCUGCUGGAGAACGCACCCUCCCUCGACAGCAGCCGCUGCGUUGGCAUAGCAACGCAGCUGGAGAACGAGGCUCGGGCCCAGAUUGCACGAAAGCUGCAAGUGAAAUCUGCAGAUGUGAGGGAUGUGAUUGUCUGGGGUAACGUCAGUGGAAGCUUCCAUAUUGACCUGCAGCGGUCGAAGGUGUUCAGAUGUGAAAGUGCCAUCUGGGGACCUCCCGGAUUCUCCCUGCCCGUCUCAGAGAUGAUAUAUGACCGGAAAUGGCUGGAGUCUGACUUCCUGAACUUCGUUGGUUCGCAGCGAACAACUGUGACAGGCAAGACACAGAGGACUGCUGCAAUGUCCGCAGCCAAUGGAAUCGUUGCUGUUCUGAAAGCAUGGGACUCUGACUCCGCCCCUGGGGAGGUGCACUCCCUGUGUGUGCUAAGUACAGGUGAACUACAAAUACAAACACUUCCAGUUAUCACACUCACUUUGAUAUGCUAGAAAGUGCAGGUUCUUAGUACAUGUUAGUACUAGUCACAAUUAGUUACACUUACGGUGUACUGGUGACUGUAGACUCAGAAGGUUACAGUGAGUCCAGCCAGAGAGAAACUUUAUUAUACAUUAUGUAAUAUAUUUUUAUAUUUAUCUGAUAAAUUUAAAAAAUCUAGUUUAGCCAGUAAAUGAGGCUGAGAGUGAAGUAACAUGCCCUCUUUCUUUGCUCUGGUUAAAAGUCUGGUUAACAGAAGUAUGUUGCACCUGCUGCAGGUGAGAAUGCAUGGCUAUUUAGCUAGGCAUGAAUAAGGAUUAAGAUUAAGAUUAGUAUGUUCUUGAAGAGAUUAAUGUGUGAAUAACAUAAUUGGAGCUAAAUGACAAGAACUAAAAUUUAGAAAUGUACUGCAAUCUUUUUAAGAUAAUUUUUCAAGGCCAAAUUUAUAUUAUAUUAUAUUAAUAUAUAAAAUAGCAUUAAAGUUUUUACAACAGAUGUAAUAUGCCCUGACAUGUAUUGUGCACAACAGGCUUUCUAGCAAGGCUAUAAAAUGGUCAAAAAACAGCUCCAUACCCAAAGACAGGGAAUAAAAUCAGACUCACCAACCCUCAUCGUACAGCCAGUCCUUUCUUCAGGCCAGUGCAAAUUGUCAGUGUC